AUGGCGUUCGGCGGCUUCUUCGGUGGCGGUUCGUCCAAAGACAACUCCUCUUCCUCCUCAUCAUCGUCAUCCGACUCGUCGUCCACAUCCAUUAGCAGUCCUCUACCCUCCACCUCUUUCUCAUCUCCCAGCGGUGCCAACACUACGACGCCGGGCGUAACCCUCCAGCGCAUCCAGUCCGCCAUCAGCGAACAGUCCAACGUCGCCAACGCCAAGCAGCUCAUCUCCAACGUCCAUACCAACUGCUUUGAAAAAUGCGUCCCCAACCCCGGGAGCAGUCUGAGCUCGACGGAACAGAAAUGCUUGACCUCCUGCAUGGAGAAGUUCAUUGAUGCGUGGAACGUGACGAGUCGGACGUACACGGCUAGGUUGCAGAGGGAGAGCGCCUCGUUCGCUGGCGGAAUCGGUGGUGGCUCCGGGGCUGGAGGAGGGAAGGAGUUGUUUUGA